GAUUGGUCAAUCCUAACGGAAAGUACACGUUUGUGGAGCUCUGUAGAAUUUUCCUCACAAAGUCACCACGUGUUCGAUAUAUUAUCGUUUUGCAACGCUUUAUUUUAUAAAAUUUAAUUAGUUUUAAUAUAAUAAAUUAUAUUGUCAAAAUAUUAAAAAAUGGCAGAAAAAAAGGUCGCCAAAUUUUUUGCCAUCAGAAAAAUCUAGUUUAUCGGAGUUAGUUACGAAAUACAAACAAAUUAUUGAAAAUAAAGAAAGCGAUGCCGUGAAUGUUAAAAUAAAAAAUGAUACUUGGAUAAAAAUUGCUCAGGAAUUUAAUAGCAACGGUAGUGGAAUUUACCGUGACGUUCGGAGUCUCAAAAGUUUAUGGGAAAAUUUAAAACGCGGUACUCGCAAACAUUUCGCUUUUUAAAAAAAACAGGUUCAUUUAACAGGAGGUGGCCGUGUUGAAAAUGAUUGUACCGGACCGGAGGCUGCAAUGUAUGAACGCAUCAAACCACUUAUCGAAGCAACGGUAACAAGUUUACCGAAUCCAUUCGAUAGCGACUACAUUGCAGAAGUGGAUGACGUAGAUUAUAUGAACCUGAUAAAUAAAGCAUGCAGAACUGAAAUUUCGAAACAUGAAAAAAGUGCAGAAGAACCUGAAAUGAUUUUCGAAUUCGACAUACCAGGCGCAAGUCAACCAAUUGUCACUGUUGGGGAAAGCAGUGCAAAAAGUUUGCUACCAUCUGAUUCUGCUUGCAGUGUACCUGUAAUUGCAAGUCAGCAGAAUAUAAGUAGAAAGGUCGAAAACAUUAAAAAUCAAUCGCCCUAUUUGAAAUCGCCGUCAACAAAGCAUUCCGCUGCAAAUUCUGUGUUAUAUAAAGGAAUGAAUAGCAACGCAGGGAAAAUUAAAAACACAGAAAGAGCUCAAUCGUUCGUGGAUUUAGCAUCGGCGAAACACGAAUUACUGGUAUUACAGAAGAUGUACUUAAAGGAAAAGAAUCAAUUAGAAAUCGAAUUGUUAAGGUUGCAAUUGGAAAAAGAAAAUUUGCAAAUAGAAGUACUAAAGAAACAAUUACAAGUUGUGCCGGUAAAUUGUUAAAAAUUGUUAAAACUACACAUUAUUUACAAUACUGAGUAAUAUCAUUAUUCUGGAAACUUUAAUUUCAUUAAAAAAUUUUAACAUUUUCAUUAAAAUUAUCCGAUAAAUUUUUAUGAAAAUUUGAAAUUAAAUUUAGAACAUUAUCGUUUCAAGUAAAAUAUUCUGUGAUUCUUCUACGUUAAGAUUGUUAUAGUAUUGAAAUUUUAUAAUGUAAGAAAAAGGAAUAAUUUUUAAAAUAUUUCCUACAAUUUUCAUUAAAUUUAAAAUUUGCCGAUAAAAAUUUCAUGAAAAUUGAAAAGAAAAUUGAUGAUAUCAUUUCAAGCCAAAUAACUUGUGAUUCUUCUACGUUAAGAUAGUUUUAGUAUAGAAAUUUUAUAAUGCAGAAAACAGGAAUAAUUUAAAAUUGAUUUGAUUAAAUAUUCAAAAAAUUUAAUUUAGCCGAUAUAAAUUUUAUUGAAAAUUUCAUCAAAGUUAAUUUAUAAAUUUACAUUGAACUUAUGUUUUUAUUCACAUUAUUUAUAAUUUCUAUUAAGGUCUAUUACUACUUUUUUUUAUUUUCGAUAAGGUGCUUUAAAUUACCUUAACAUUUCAAAGACUUUGACUAAACAUUUGUUUAAUAAAUAUAUGAUUAUCCGUUUUAGCUGGUAAAAGAAGUUAGAGUUCUAUUUUAUUUUUAAAAAAGGUGUGCCAUCAGUAGGGGAAAGGUGUACGAGAUGAUCCCCUGGGGCAAGAUGAUCCUUUUGAAUUUUGGCAAGCCUAUUAGCGCCACCUUUUAGGCAAAUACGGUAAUACGUUGCCAAUGACAUACCUAUGAAUCAGUCAAACUGUCAUGACAACACGCGUCAUUAAAAAAAUUCUAUUGGAAAAAAUAAAAAUUUCAUACUUUUUAUCUAAGGAAAGCUUAACUUUGGGCUUAGAUAACUUUUGUUGUAGUAGCUGAAAUUCCAUGUUUCUUGUACUCACGGCUUCAGUAUCUCUUCAACUAAGUGUUCUAAUUGGUAUUAUGGAAUAACAGAGCUCGUAGGUUAAGCUACGAACAAAUUACAAAAUAGUGGCAUUUGGGGCAAGAUGAUCCCUCAAUGGGUGUACAAGAUGAUCCCCCCUGAUUCCCAUGUAUUUCGUCUCACCUCAAAGUGAAUUUUCUAGUAUUAAUAAAAAAUUCAAUUUUUCUCGCUUCUUAUAUGUUUUUAUUAUGAAAACUAACUUAUCUAAAACAAAAAGUUAACAUCUACAUCUAUUUUAUUAAUUUUCUCGUUGUAGACAAUGCCUCGUAAUUAAAAAAUAGGAAAACGAAUCGUGGUGAGUGGUCAAAAGCGUUUGUGGCCUAAAUAAAGUAUAUUUAACAUUGAUACACUGUUAUUCCUUCAAUUUAUACUUCUUUUCCAAUAAUUGGGGUAAGAUAACCAUACGGAUUAUCUUGCCCAUACCAUGGGGAUCAUCUUGGACACCCCGGUGUCCAAGAUGAUCCUUUUGUAAGGUUUUAGAAAAAUUAAAUAUAAUAGUAAAAUAUUAAUUAGCUGCAAAUAUUCCAAAUCAGAAUAGUUAGAUAGAUUAAUUAUCUAGUAGUGCGUACAAAAAAAAACUCGAAUAUGUUGAUUUUUCUUUGAAUAAUAGGUUUUUUCCCUUAGGGGGAUCAUCUCGUACACCUUUCCCCUAUAUUUGAAAGUUUGUUAGACUGUAUAAUAAAUAAACAGUUAAAAAAGUGCAGGCUAUUGUAUUAUUCCUUUGUAUUUAUCAGCACUGGAAGUCUCUUACAUCUUUAUUCAAGAAGGCUAAAAAAGAAACAGGAUUUUUAUAAGUAUUAAAAAUUCAAAAUUAUUUGCAUACCAUAAUUAAUACAAUUACCUUUGAAAAUAAUUAUUUAUUAACUUUCUUUGAGCUGCUCCAUCUGGCUGAGGUCCAACAUUAACAUUUACAUCUGUCAUUAAAAUAAGAUCAUCCAAAGUUUCCGGAAAAAUUAAAUUUGGAUCGUCAAUUGGAUCUUCUCCACUACGUCGAGCAAUAUUGUGUAGAACUGCCGUUGCAAUAAUAAUAGGAAGAAUAUUUGCGAUUUUAAAUCGCAUUCCCAACGCCAUAAUAGGAAAUCUCCUUUUCCACACACCAAAUGUACGCUCAAUAGAAUUUCGUGUUCUUAUUUGAGAUUCAUUGUAUAAUCUAUCUGCAGGAGAACGGGGUGUCUGUAAUGGUGUUAACAAAUAUGGUUUGCAACCGUAACCACCAUCUCCUAAUAAAACGGCGUUUCCGAAUUCACCUGCUUCUAACUUGGUGUUUAUUUUGGAGUUUGCGAAAAUCGUGCUAUCGUGUACAGAUCCUGGCCAUCGUGCGACAAUAUCAAUUACUUCCAAAUUUGCAUUGGUAAUAGCUUGCACAUUAAGUGAAAAGUAUCCUUUUCUAUUCCUGUACACCUCAGCAUUUUCACCACCUAGGAAAUGUACGUUAAAUUUUGUUAUUAGUAAAUUAAAUUAUUCUUUUUGUACUAAAGUAUAAAUUAUUUGUAGAUUAAAAAUAUACCAAUGGAUUGUAUUUUUACAUGUGUGCAAUCAAUGCAACCCAUAACGCGAGGAAAACGUGCUAUAUUGUAAAAUAGAACUUGAGAUUCGAGUACUUCCUCUUGAGUUGAUGGCAAUUUGAUAUAUCUUGGUCAAAGUCUAGCGAUUGCUGCAGACACCCUGUGUGUAAUUCGGUGUGAACUUGUUUUGCUGACACCAGAAAAAUCUCCUGCAGCCAACAAGUGACAUCCCGUUGCAAACAACCUCAAAGUCAGAAGCAACUGAAUUAUUGGUGGUACUGCUUGAUUUCUACAAUUAAAUAGUUCAUAAUUAUUUUUAAAAAUUUGCUGUAUUAAAGUUGUAAAAUAUAAUAUAUAGUGAAUAAA